ACUGCCGCGCGACUAGGAGCAGCAGCGCAUCACCAGCCCCCUCCAGUCAUUCCCGGAGCUUCGCGUGGAACGGAACGGAACAACCUUCGAACCAUGGAUCUCAAAGUGCUCGUGCUGUUGGCCGUCCUCGCUGUGACGAUGUAUGCGCCGGUGUCCCACGCGAAACCCAUCAGUCUGGUGGAGCGGUGUUGGUGCCGUUCGACUGUGAACACCGUCUCUCAGCGCAGCAUCAGAGAACUCAAGUUCCUGCACACACCCAACUGUGCCUUCCAAGUCAUUGCCAAGCUGAAGAAUGGGAAGGAGGUGUGUGUGAACCCUGACACCAAGUGGCUCCAGACAUACCUGAAGAACGCCAUAAACAAAAUGAAGAAGGCCAAGCAGCAGACUGAUUAGGCCCUACACCAGAGCAGUGGCCAAGCAGCAGUGGACCAGCCAUCCUCCCUCCAGACCCCACUACACAACACACGCACACACACACACACACACACACACACACACACACACACACACAUGCUUGUGCACGUGCACACACACUCUCACACACACACACACACACACACACACACACACACACAUAAAGAUUUCUGAGGGUAUACCAGCACUUACUUAUCAAAUCCAGCCAACCAGCAUCCACCAUCUCCAGCCAAGUCAUCAGCCAAUCAGAUCUCCUCAUCCAUCAAGCAGUCAGCCCUCUUCAACACCAGCCAAUCACCUUCCUUCAUCUUUCCAGCCAAUCGUCUUCUUUUCCAUCUGUGAACCAAGUCACGUCGCUGGAUCUGUUGUGGAGAUGUAGUUCUCUUCAGCCAUCUGCCAGUCAAGUGCUCGGAGCUACACAUCAAGUAAAGCUCGGCCAAUCACCUCGUCCGAUCCCUCAGAGACUCCUCCCCCUACUCCUUACUCUAAGAGUAAUAAUUCGUAUCUAUAAAUGUUUAUGAUAUAAGAGUAUAAAUGUAUGUUUGUUUGUCAGAUGUAUAUAGCGUGAGUUUUUUUUACCCUGUUAAUCCAGUAAAGUGUUAUUUUUGGAGUCGCCGUCGCUCCACGCCUCUCUCUGCUGGUGUGUGUGUGUGUGUGUGUAUGUGUGUGAGGGAGGGGGGGAGUGCAUGAAGGUCAGCAUCUGUUUCUUUUGGGAGGACUGAAGACUGAAGCCUUUCACUCACACACACACACACACACACACACACACACACACACACACACACACACACACACACACACACUGUAGAGGACAGGUUAGUAGAAACAUGUGUGAGGAGUUAUAGCCUAAGGCCCAGUCAUGAGAUAUUCAGAUGGCAGCUCAUUUUAUUAGAUCCAUGCCAGACCUAUUCAGACCUCUCACUAAAACCUAUCCAGACUUAUGGCAAACUUAUCCAAGCCUAUCUCCCCCAAACAUAUCCCAAACCUAUUCUAGACCUUUCUCACCCAAACAUAUCCCAAACCUAUUCUAGACCUUUCUCACCCAAACAUAUCCCAAACCUAUUCUAGACCUUUCUCACCCAAACAUAUCCCAAACUUACUUCAAACCUAUCUCACCCAAACAUAUCCCAAACCUAUUCUAGACCUUUCUCACCCAAACAUAUCCCAAACCUAUUCUAGACCUUUCUCACCCAAACAUAUCCCAAACCUACUUCAGACCUUUCUCCCCCAAACAUAUCCCAAACCUAUUCUAGACCUUUCUCACCCAAACAUAUCCCAAACCUAUUCUAGACCUUUCUCACCCAAACAUAUCCCAAACCUAUUCUAGACCUUUCUCACCCAAACAUAUCCCAAACCUACUUCAGACCUUUCUCCCCCAAACAUAUCCCAAACCUAUUCUAGAGCUUUCUCACCCAAACAUAUCCCAAACCUAUUCUAGACCUUUCUCACCCAAACAUCCCAAACCUACUUCUGACCUUUCUCACCCAAACAUAUCCCAAACCUAUUCUAGACCUUUCUCACCCAAACAUAUCCCAAACCUACUCUAGAACUUUCUCACCCAAACAUAUCCCAAACCUACUUCAGACUUUUCUCACCCAAACAUAUCCCAAACAAAUCCAAGACAUAUCCCAAACCUAUCCAGACCUUUGACACCCAGACCUAUCCAGAGCUGUGCUGAUCUGUGCCAUGUGUACCCAACUGAGCUGGGCUAUAAAUGGCCAUGGCGGCUACUAUCAGAUACACACACACACACACACACACACACACACACACACACACACAGACACACACACACACACACACACACACACACACACUACAGAGGACAGGUUAGUGGUGUGUGUCCACUAUCAGAUGCUGGGAGGGGUGGGAAAGCUGUGCGCUCUUGUUCUCUUGUCAUGCUGGUGAUGGCUGUUUUCCUUUCUCUGGAGCGUAAACAAGCCCCCAAGCAAACUGGCUUCACUUCACUCUUCAGCGAAUGUAAUGAGCAUUACUGGAAGUUGUUCACUGUGUUAUGUGUGUAGGUGCCGUGUGUGUGUGUGUGUGUGUGUGUGUGUGUGUUGUGUUUGUAUGUUGUGUGUGUGUG